AUGGUCGACGGUCGUAUUACACUUCAAGCCAAUGCUUUUGUUUAUGGUAAAAAAUUCUAUCGACAAAUUAUUGGUAGUGCUAUGGGAUCAGCAUUUACAUUAACUUUAGCCAAUAUUUUCAUAAUCACCAAGAGUAUUCCAUUUCUUGAUGUUCUUAUUAGUAAUAUUAGUGGCAUUCUUUUCUCAUCAGUUUACCAUAAACCAGCCACUGAACCAUCCCUUUUAUCGUUUUUAUCUGAUCAUCCUCGACAUGUGAUUCAAACUAUUCUAAUGAGAGCUGUACGAUAUUCAUCAACAUUUCAAGCAUUUAAUAAUGAACGGCGUACAAUUCGUUUAACUCUAUUAUUGAAUGGCUUCUUCAAGUAUACAGAUUAUGAAGAUAUUCGAUUAAUUGUUGGUCAUCGAAAUAAUCCAAAUUUAGAAUUUGAACUUGCACGUAAACGACCACAUUCAUCAUUAUUCACGAAUAUACCUUUCAAUAAAAAACAAAAACUCAAUGAUUCUGCUCCAACAACAUAG